AUGAAUUCUUUUAGCUUCGAUCUUAUUCAUCAUGAUUCAAAACUAUCUCCAUUUUAUAACCGAUCUAAAACUGAGUCAGAGCGUUCGAAAGAAGCUUUUAUCCGUUCCCUCAAUCACUUCAAUUCGUCUAUGUUAAUUGAUGCAAAAUAUUCACAGUCUGAUUUAACUGUCGGUGACUAUCUCAUGAACAUUUAUAUAAGUAAGCCAAAUAUUCAACAACUUGUUAUGCCAAGCAUGUCCAGUGGCCUUACCUGGAUAGGAUGUGGCUCUUGUUCUUCCAACUGUGAGAGUCAACAUCGAUCACUUUAUGAUCCAAAAUUGUCAAAAACCUAUGCCGGUAUUCUGUUUGGCUCAAAAGUGUGCAAAUAUCUACAAGGCACUCAGCGUGAGAAAUCAAAUGUGUGCCAAUAUAAGUAUCGUUAUGGAUACAAGAAAGUCUCCUCUGGAUUGCUAGGCACUGAGAGCUUCUACUUGAAAUCGCCUGAUAGAAGAGAAAAAAUCUUCACUAAUAUAGUGUUUGGAUGCGAUGAACUACAUGAAGGGGAUUUUCAAGAUGGUGUUCAAGGUGUUGCUGGUCUUGGACAAGGGUCAUUUUCAUUGGUUUCUCAACUCGGAAAAAAAGUUGGUGAGAAAUUCUCGUACUGCUUGGUUGAGGAGUAUUUAGAUUGUUCUAGUAAGAUUAGAUUCGGAUCGGAUUUAAGACUCUACAACCCUGAUAGACAACGUAAAGUUAAAUUUGAGUACUCUCCUCCUGAUCCCAACUACCACCUCAACCUUGAAGCCAUCAGUGUUAACGGUGAGAUAAUAAAGAUACCAAAUAAAAAACAUGAUAUGAUAGUCGAUAUUCAGACAUCCUUGACAUCGCUGCCUUCACAUAUUUACAAUGAAUUCAUUGCCAAGUUUAAAAAACAACUUGGCGAUAUAACCUCAAUCCAACAUCCGGAACACGGCACUUGCUUCCUCAAACGUGAACUCCUCGACCCCAAUAGUCCCAUAGUUGUGUUUCAUUUUUCUCACCCACUCCUAUUCUAUGGAGACUUUCGUGUGAAUCCUACAACAAUGUUUCAGGAAAUCGUUGACUACAUGUGUUUGACAAUAGUUCCAAUAGAAGGAGUUUCUGUUUUGGGAAAUAGGGCACAAGUAGACGUUCAGAUGAUAUUUGACCUAUCAAGUAGUUCCCUCACCUUUGCUCCACUUGAUUGCGUCGACGCUUCCUAUUAA